AUGUAUACAGUAGAUGUAUACGAUGGUGAGGACCCUGCGUUCAAUAUGAACGACUGGGUCAACGACGAGGACCCAACCCCGGAAGGGGCGGGUCGUCACAGGUUCAGCACACCAGUUGCUGAGGAUGAGCCGCCAAACGCGGCUCACAUUUCAGACACCACGCUGGCGUUGGCGUCGCCAGACGAAGCCGCCAAUGCUGGCGUGCAGACUGUGGCCCCUGUUCUGGGCGAGGAACAGAACGGGGAAACCGCUGUAGACAUCCCAACUCAGGGGAUGUCGGUGGAGGAAGCUGCCGCUGCUCACCCAGCGGCUGUGAGAUCUGCUCGACAGGAGCAGCAAAGUUGGGCAAACGGUACGGACACCCAGCUUGAAACGUCAGUGGCGGACGACCACGCCGCUCUCGCCCUAGAGCCUUGGGGAUCUGCUCUGGGAGAGUUGCCGUCGUUCACCGACGAUGACCAUGGCCUAUUUGAUAGGCUUCUGACGAAUACGGACCUCGGGUCCGCUGACCGGAGUCUGGUUCCGACUCCUCCGGCGCCCACCAUCCCGGCGCCUGUCGUCCCGGCGCCUACGCCUCAGGCGCCUGCAAACCCGGCGCCUAUGCGUACCGGGCUGGUAUACCCGGGGAUGGCAUCCCAGGUGGCUGGGUUUCCGGCCAAUGUGGCCAUCAACCCGCAGGUUGGUGCCUUUGGCUACGGCCAGUCAAGGAAUGUGCCGCUCCCGUACGGCGCUGGUCCGCGGUUCUGCCCGUUCACGGGCCAGCCUCUGAAUGGCCCAGCCCAGGGUAUGGGUGUUCAGUCACGCCCCUGGCAACAGGGCACUCAGUUUCCUGCUGUCCAACAGGGCCCUCGGGGGCUUAUUGGACCCAGGACCCAGGGCCAUGGGAGAACUGGCAUGGGGUAUACGGGCUUCCAAGCCCCAGCUAUGUAUACCCCGGUAACGCAGCCGGCUCCUGUCCCGGCUGCCCGGCAGAAUGUUGAGCCACUCAUGGCUGGGGAGGAGAAGCUCCCAGAAGGAAAUGUCCCUAAUGGGACGUUGACCAUGUCCAAAGAUGGCUAUGCCAAUCUCACAGUGACAGAGGUCAACUGGAGUCGUGAAGACGACAUGUGGGCGGGCUGCCCGGUACUGGACGGGGCCAAGCUCCGCAUCAUCGUCGGCGGGUGCGAGUUGAUGAUGAACAUGAUCUACAACGACGCACCCGCCGUGGACAUGCUCUGCAGACGCAUUUGCCAGAGCCUGCAAAACGCGGCGUUCUGGAACGUCACGGACCUGGUGCUGGACUUUGCCCCAGUGGCCUACCCGAAGAAGCUGCGGGACACCUGGUGUCGCCUCCUCAAGAAGAGGCGUUGCCUUCCAAUCUUUGAGAACGUGCUGAUCAGCGCGGAUCUCAAGACCCAGUACAGCUACGUCUGUGUGCGUGGCAAGCUUGAGAGUGCCACCACGAGCCCCGCUCGGGAGCGUAGGCUUACUGGGAAGUGGAAGGCCCUGUAG